AAUGUCGACGAUUCGGUUGUCCUCGAUCUUCUCUCGCUCAAACGGUAGCGCGGCCGAUGGAACCACCGAUGUCGAUAAGGAAUAUCAAAGCGUCAAUGGUACCAAUGUGCCCAAGAUUUUGCAGGAUUUUCGCAUGCAGAUCAAAAGAGGCGGCCCUAUCAGCCUGAACACUACUGCUAUGUCCGCCAUAGUCGACCUCAUUAGAAACAAGGAGUCCUUGGACGACAGAAAACUGCUGCUUGAACACGCCCUUGUGUUCGUCUCCCGACUCGAUGAAGGCCCCUUUGCCCAGACCAUGAGGAACAAGAUCAUUCAAUUAGUGUACAACGAUUUAGCGCAUCCUGCUGCGACGAGCAUUAGCAACAAGUAUGCCUGGCGUACUGCGGAUGGAUCGUACAACAAUAUUGAUAUUCCAGAUAUGGGAAAGGCCGGCACUCCAUAUUCAAGAUCGGUUCAGCAAGCGCACCCAUUGCCUCUGAACCAGCUUCCAGACCCUGGGCUAAUUUUUGACAGACUUCUACGAAGACAAGGGUUCAAGAAACAUCCCGGUGGUUUGUCCUCUUUGAUGUUCUCGUUCGCGACGCUCGUCAUCCACAGUGUGUUCCGAACUUCACAUCGGGACUGGAGCAUAAAUGAGACUUCUUCCUAUGUCGAUCUCGCUCCCCUUUACGGAAAUAAUCAGAAAGAGCAGGACCGGCUCCGGAUUCGAGAUGGCCGCGGACUCCUCUAUCCAGACGUCUUCUCCGAGGAUCGCUUGUUGCUGCUGCCACCUGCCGUCUGCACACUACUUGUGCUGUUCAGCCGUAAUCACAAGUAUAUUGCAAAGAAGCUGCUCGAGAUUAACGAGCGAGGAACGUAUAUCGACCCUGCCACGGUUUCCACGGACGAUCCUAUCAGCAAGGCAAAGCUAGUGGAGCAAGAAGAGGACAUAUUCCAGACCGCUCGUCUCAUUAACUGUGGCUGGUUUGGGAUGGUCGUUUUCUCUGAUUACUUCUCGUCCAUCCUCGGUCUUGUCAGGGAUGGCAGUAGCUGGAGUUUAACUCCCUUUGAGGAAAUGCGGAAGGAGGACCACUCCUUAUUUGAAAGGGGCAAAGGCAAUGUCUGCAGUGUUGAGUUCAAUUGCCUCUAUCGGUGGCACGCGACGACAAGUCGAGAGGACGAGCAGUGGACACAUGAAGUGUUCCGAAAGCUUUUCGGUGAUAAAUCACCGGAAGAAGUCACCGUCGAUGAUUUCAAAAGGGUGUCGUAUCAACUACAGAAAACUCAGCCACCAGUCACCGAGUGGCAUUUCGGGGGUCUCCAUCGACAGGCGGACGGAAACUUCAGAGAUGAAGAUCUUGCGAGGAUUCUGCAUGAUGGCACCGAGCACUCCGCUGCAGCGUUUGGGGCACGAGGCACGCCAGGCGCCAUGCGCUUGAAUGAAGUUAUGGGAAUUGAGCAGAGUCGGAAAUGGGGUGUUUGCUCUUUGAACGAUUUCAGAAAGUACUUGGGACUAAAAGCAUUCAAGACUUUCUUGGAAUGGAACUCCGACCCCGAAAUCGCAGAUGCGGCUGAAAAGUUGUACGGAAGCAUCGACUUACUCGAGCUCUAUGUUGGCUUGCAAGCAGAAGAAGCCAAGCCUCUAGUAGAUGGCGCAGGUCUCUGUCCUGGCUACACUGUCAGCCGGGCUAUUCUCAGCGACGCUAUCGCCCUUACUCGUGGCGAUCGAUUCUUCACGCACGAUUUCACCCCCUUCAACCUCACUUCCUGGGGCUUCGCCGAUUGUCAAAGAGAUCCCAACGCAUUUGGUUUCGGAAGUAUGCUAGGGCGUCUGUUCCUUCGUACUCUUCCCGACCAUUUCACUGAGAACAGUACCUACACGUUCUUCCCUCUCAUGACUCCGGAAUCCAUGGAGGUUAUUCUGAAGAAUUUAGAGGUUGCUGAUCAGUAUGAUCUGUCGAGGCCGAAGUUUAAGUCCGUCCCGGUCUUCGUCGAGGAUUACUCCCGAGUUUCAGCUAUUCUGAAGAACAAGGAAGGUUUUACAACGCCUUACAAGGCAAGGGUGGACAGAGUCAUCAAGGGCCCUGGAUUUUUCCCUGCGGAAGAUCAGCGGAAUCAACAAGCGAUCGUCAAAAUCCUCACAUCUCCUGAACAUUUCAACGACAUUGGCCAAUAUUUCUACACGAUGACAAAGAAACUCAUUGACGAGAAAUCAUAUGCUCUUGUGGGUGGCAAGACAUUGGGCGUCGACCUUGUCCGCCAGGUUGUCAGCGUUUUGCCCGCCUACUGGGUCGCUACAGAUCUGGCUGGAAUCGAACUGAAAACAAAGGAGUAUUCUGGUGGUGCUUACACGCCGCAAGAGCUUUACGAAGCCCUCGGUGAAAUCUACGGGUUUAUCUUCCUCGAUGUCGAGGCGUCAAGACUCAUGGUGCUAGAAGGCAAAGUCAAGGAACAUAUCAAGACUUUGCUGCGGUUGAUCAACGGACGCCUGGAUGGAGCUGUAGGCUCGAAGCUCUCCAUCGCCGGCAUCAUAGGGACGGUGUCUUCUAUGUUCUCGAAACACAAGAGCACAGAAUACCAUGACAUCGUGAAGCGCCUCUACGAACUUGGGGAGUCUACUGAUCAAUUGGCAAACACUAUUCUUGCGUUGAUGGUCACGGCUGGCACAGAGCUUGUGAUCGCUAUCACCAAUGCACUCAAUGUCUAUCUCGGAAGCGACCACGCACCCACCCUCACUGCCCUUGCCAAUAAAAGAGGCCAAUUUGAUGCCUAUGUGUAUGAAGUUCUUGGCAUCGAACCGACUUUCCGAGGCGUUUUCGGCGUUUUGACAAAAGAUCAGGUCAUCGACGGACAAAGCUUCAAGAAGAAUGACCGCGUCUUCCUAAACAUUGCAUCUGCAAACCUCGAGGAAAAGGUCUUCCCUGAUCCUUUUAGCAUUAGUUUAACGAGACCGGCCAAGGACAGGCUCUCCGCUGAUGGUGCCUUCAGCUACCUGGGUGAAGGGCUGACAGUCAAAGUAAAGCUGUCUUUUGACAUGCUACCAGCUGUGACUGACAAUGCACCACUCAACAGAUA